AUGAAAAAGCGCCGCCCCCCUUUCUUUGUUAUUAAAAGGCUAUACACACGCAGUGGCGGAUUGAGGAAACCACAAAAAGUGACGAACGAUCCUGAAAGCAUUAACCGAAAGACGUACUGGUGCUUUGAACACAAACCUAUUAAGAGGACGUUAGUCAAUUUGAUAUACUCGCAUAAUGAAUUGAAAUUAUUUUCCCGCUUUCUGAAUCAUCCCAAUGUGGGUACCUCCCUUAUACACGAGCUAUCCUUGGAAGGCCCCUACACAGGAUUCCUGCCUUCGAACGAGGCUCUGAAAUUAAUUAGCCCCGAGAGUUUAGCCAAAUUAUAUGAAGAAGGGGACAAGUUGUCGGAAUUUGUUCUGGGCCACUUCACGAGGGAUUUCUGGCUCUACAGAGACCUGUACGGAUCAUCCUACCAGCCGUGGCUCGUGUUCAACGAGAAAAGGGACGCCCCCGAGAAAAUCACCAACUUAGUUAACCGAGACCUACUUGUAAAGAUAACAGGAGAGUUUAAAAAUUGCGAUCACUCGAUUUUCCUUAAUGGAGCGAAGAUCAUCAGACCAAACAUGAAGUGCCACAACGGUGUUGUCCACAUUGUGGACAGGCCGAUAAUACAGAGGUAG